AUUUAACCUCAAACUGUCACUAUAAAAUUCGAAUUCUCACAAAAAUCUUAUUUCCCUUUUAAGCUCUUUAAUAUGACAUCAAAAAUCGAGAACCAGAAAAGGGGGCUUGAACAAGCAGGUUUACAACGAUUAAUAAAAAAACCUUGCCUGAUGAAUUUUGACACUGCUUUUGAUGAUACUUUACCAAUUUUCGACGACACUCAAAUAUUGGUUGAAAAAAGUCGAUCCAAUGAUAAAAAAAGUGGUUCAAUGAGCGAAUUUUCGAUGAUUUUAGCUAAUGAUGGAGGUUUUACUCAAAUUUGUAAUGAUACGCAAGUAAUGAAGAAAGUAGAAGACGAUAUAAAAGUACUUCAACAAAAAAACGCAUUCUCUUUAGAUGUAGAAAUGAAAUUGAACGAAAUAAAAGAGAAUAUCACUCCAUCUGGACAUGUAAAUACCUUUAUUAAAGCAAAAGCUGAAAAAGUCACAUUGCCAAAUGAUUCUUGGAUUCAACGUGAAUUAAAUAAAGUUAAAAACUCAAUUAGCAUUGAUAAUUCGUUAUUGGAAGAUACUCAAAAUGAAAUAAAUGAUACCUUUAGGAAAGCUUUAUUAGAAAAUGCUGAAAAAACAAUUUCUCCUUCGAAAGCUAUUAAUUCAACAUUAAUCAGUAAAGAGGUUAAAUUUAAUAAUCUUGGGAAUUUUUAUGGUUUACCAAAUAAAGUUAAAGAAUUAUUUAAAUUAUAUCGUGGAAUUGAAAAUUUGUAUGAUUGGCAAGAUGAAUGUUUAAAUUUACCAUCAAUCGUUAAUCGAAAAAACCUUGUUUAUGCUUUACCAACAAGUGGAGGAAAAACUCUUGUAGCUGAAAUACUAAUAAUGCGCGAAUUACUAUGUCGCAAGAAAAACGCAAUUUUUGUUUUACCUUUCGUUGCGAUUGUACAAGAAAAAGUUUGGUCAUUAUCACCAUUUGCAGUCGAUUUAAACUUUUUAAUCGAAGAAUAUGCAGCAGGAAAAGGUGUUUAUCCCCCAAGAAAACGCCGUAGAAAGAAUUCCAUUUACAUCGCAACAAUGGAAAAAGCUCUAGGAAUAAUAAACAGCCUCGUUGAUACUGAAAGACUUGAUGAAAUUGGAUUAGUCGUGGUUGAUGAACUUCAUUUGGUUGGUGAAGCUGGAAGGGGGUGUGUUUUAGAAGAAUUAUUAACAAAAAUUAUGAUUUUAAACGAAAAUAUACAAAUUGUUGGGAUGAGUGCUACCAUUGGAAAUUUAAGUGAAAUAACGACGUUUUUAAAUGCUGAUAUUUAUACGAGGAAUUUUCGCCCUGUUGAAUUAAUUGAGUAUAUUCAAUGUGAGAAUAACAUUGCUAAAAUUAAUUGGAGUGCUGCUGAUGAUGAUGAAAUGUUUAUUGGUGCAAUAAAGAAAGAAUUUGGGUACAGUGAUAAAUUAUCAAAAAUAGACCCGGAUCGUCUAGGUGGUUUAGUUAUGGAAGUUAUUCCAGCCGAUUCCUGUUUAAUUUUUUGUUCGACAAAGAAAAAUUGCGAAAAUGUCGCCUGGUUAUUAUGCAGAGUUUUACCAGCAAAACUAAAAACUAACAAAACGGAUGAUAAAAAAUUGCUUAAAAAGAAUCUUAAAACCGAAUCCGGCGAUUUAUGUAAAAUAUUAGAAAAGUCCAUUGAUUAUGGAAUCGCUUAUCAUCACUCAGGCUUAACAUCAGGUGAACGUAAAUUAAUCGAGGAUAGUUUUCGAGAUGGAACAUUAAGCGUGAUUUGUUGCACAUCCACUUUAGCCGCGGGGGUUAAUUUACCCGCGAAACGCGUUAUUCUACGCCAACCGUACAUCGCUAAAGAAUUCAUCACGUUAUCACGUUACAAACAAAUGGUGGGACGAGCUGGAAGAACAGGAUUUGGAACCGAGGGGGAGAGCAUUUUAAUUUGUUCCAUGGCUGAUUUACCGAAAGUAAGGGGUAUGCUAAAUGCGCCAAUGGACCAAGCUUUAUCGGCUAUGCACGAAAACGAUUGCAAAGGGUUGAAACAAUUAUUAUUAAGUAUGAUUUGUUUAAACGCAGCGAAUACUCGAAAAGAUUUACUUGAAAUUGUUAAAAAAUCGUUGUUGUUUGUUCAAGAAAAUCGACUUAACGUUAAAUUAAAAUUACUCGUUGAUAAAUCGUUAUCGGAAUUAUUUAAACUGGGCGCUUUGAAGAUUGAAGAAAAAGGCGUUGGUUGCAAUUUCAAUUCAAGUAAAGAAUUAUCUUUAAGGUUUAAUAACACAGUGGAAUCAACAUUAUUAAGUGAAACUUUAAAUGAUACAAGUACAAAAAAAACUAAAAUUACAUUACGUAACGAUAGUAAAUUAAUUAUAAGUCAAUUAGGAUUAGCAGCAAUAAAAGGUGGUUUAGAAUUAACGAAAGCUCAUUUACUCUACGAAGAUUUACUUCAAGCACAAGCGAGUUUAGUUUUAUUAAACUGCCUUCAUUUACUAUAUUUAGUGACCCCUUAUGAUAUUGCGGAUCAAAUUAAUCUUUCAAAAUCAAGAUAUUACAGAUUUUACACGAAACUAACUAAAAACGAGUUGCAUACAGCGAAUAUAAUCGGGUUAACCGAAUCCACAGCGGUGAGGUUAUUAAAUAAUCAACCAAUAAAAUCGAUUCUUGAACGUGUUUUAAAACGAUUUUAUGUAACAUUAAUUCUCUACGAUUUAUGGAACGGAAACUCAAUAUUUGAAGUAUCCGAAAAAUACGAUGUUCCAAGGGGAUUAGCUCAAAACUUAAUGACAUCCGCCGCUUCCUUUUCGUCAAAUGUCGUAAAUUUCUGUACAGAAUUAAAAGAGUUUUGGUACUUUGCAUAUCUUUUAAAAGGGAUGACCGAACGUUUACAACAUUGUUGCAUUAAAGAACUACUUCCGCUUAUGGAAUUGCCGUCAGUUAAACAAUGUAGAGCCAAGCAAUUAUAUGAUGCCGGAUAUCGAUCGCUUGCUUCGCUUGCUAAAGCUAACGUUGGGGAAUUAAUUGAAAGUGUUGAACAUAUGAGUAGAAAAUUGGCGAAUCAAUUAAUUGCUGCAGCCAAGUUACUUUUAUUGGAAAAAAUCGAAAAUUUAAGGGAUGAAGCUGAAGAUGUCUUAGAAGGUGCUCAAAUUUAAUGUGUUCAGAUGUAAUUUUUUCAUGUUUAUAAGUUAUUUUGUAAGAAAUUUAAUCAAUACAUUUAAAAUUAUUAAAAUUA